ACUGUAAUUUUUUGAGGAAUGAACUCUAAUCAUAAUGUCUUCAUUUCUUUGAGGAUUUGAGGUGGUGUGAAGUUCACAGUAGUGUUUAACAACAAGAUUUUCCAACACAAGUCUUGUGGAGCACCAAUUUCCAUCGCUAUCUUUUUGAGCAGCAAUAUCGUUUGUUGACCUUCCUCUAUUUGCUGUUUUGCACCACUUUAUGAAAAUAAAAUAACAUAUACACACGAGUUAGUACUAGGGAAAAGAUCAAAUAGAAUGAGGACCUUAUGUUACCACAACUGGUCAUCACUCACACUUACAGAAAGAACGCCCAAACCGCCAUUACCACCAAAAUCAAAUAUCAGACAUCAGCCACAUAAACUCUUAUUCCAUGCCCUAACUGGAACUCUUUCCUUCAAUCUUAUCUUUCUUUCUCCUUCUCCUUCCAUUGCUCAACUUAUUUCACCUCCUCCUCCUGUUGAAUACUGUAAAGAAGAAGAUGUUCUUGAACAAGAAAAACCACAAAUAGUUCCAGGGUCAGUAACUAAUCAAGGAAUCGUUGAAGAAGCUUGGGAAAUCGUUAAUGAAAGUUUCCUUGAUUAUAGUGAUCGUCCUCGUUUUUCUCCAGAUAAUUGGCUGAAAAAGAAGGAGGAUGCUAUUGGUAGCUCCAUUCAGACAAGAUCUAAAGCUCAUGACAUUAUUCAAAGGAUGUUGGGGAGUCUAGGCGACCCCUACACUAGGUUUCUUUCUCCAUCAGAGUUCUCGAAGAUGGCUCGGUAUGAUAUGACUGGAAUUGGAAUAAACCUCAGGGAAAUCCCAGAUGACAAAGGAGAUGUCAAAUUGAAAGUACUAGGACUCAUAUUGGAUGGUCCUGCCAACGCUGCUGGUGUGAGACAGGGAGACGAAGUCAUAUCUGUUAAUGGAGUGGAUGUCAGAGGAAAAUCUGCAGUUGAAGUUUCCUCCUUAAUACAAGGUCCAAAUGAAACAUUUGUGACCAUUGAGGUUAAGCAUGGGAAUUGCGGACCCACCCAGUCUAUCAAAGUCCAAAGGCGUCUAGUUGCUCGCACUCCGGUAUUUUAUCGUCUAGAGCAAAUAGAGAAUGGAACAGUUUCUGUUGGAUAUAUACGCAUUAAAGAAUUUAAUGCUUUAGCAACAAAAGAUCUGAUCACUGUAAAGCGUCUUCAGGAGUCCGGUGCUUCAUAUUUCCUACUGGAUCUGAGGGACAAUCUUGGUGGAUUAGUGCAGGCAGGGAUUGAAGUUGCUAAGCUAUUUCUCAAUGAAGGAGACACGGUCAUUUAUACUGCUGGACGAGAUCCCCAGUACCAGAAAAGUAUUGUUGCAGAAUCUGCACCUGCCUUUACAGCACCCCUCAUUGUACUGGUGAAUAACAAGACUGCAAGUGCUAGUGAGAUCGUUGCAACUGCACUUCGUGAUAACUGCAGAGCUAUUCUUGUUGGUGAAAGGACUUAUGGCAAAGGUCUAAUUCAGUCUGUCUUUGAGCUUCAUGAUGGAUCUGGUAUAGUUGUCACUGUUGGAAAGUAUGUCACACCAAACCAUAUGGACAUCAGUGGAAAUGGAGUAGAGCCCGACUUCAAAAGUGUCCCAGCUUGGAGUGAAGUUAAGAGAUUCCUUUCCCAGUGCCAAAGAAAUGGAUAAACACAGGCCUGUUAUCUGUUAACGUGUCUUUGACUUAUGACCAUUGUCCCAGACUCGCCAAGAAAUUUCUGAAGAUCAAGGUAAAAUGUACUUGGAGAUGAGCAUUAUUUAGGCUGUUCUAUUGCGGCUUCUUCUCCAGAUGGAUGAUAAUAGCUCAUAUUUGGUGAAGGAACUAUGUUGUGAAAGCAUCGGUAGUUCCGCCGAGGUGCUGAGUUCUCUGAGAUUAGCAUGUAGAUCAAUUUAAAAAGGAGAGAUGUGCAUUUUUUUGGGUAAGUAUGAGGUUGAGCAAUUUCUUUUGCUGCAGUUAGAGUUUGUAAUACUGUAAAGGAGAAUGUGAAACAGAAACUAAAGAAGAAAUUGAAAGAGAAGAAAAACGUACAUUUCAAUUGGAGCUCCAUUAGUGAAGCGUAACAACUACUCAAUGCUUAAUAUAAAUCUAUAAUUUCUUUCGAUA